UCCCUUGCCGCGACGAAAGAAGAAAGCAGUCCGACUCCCGGCCUUUACGCGAGCAGAAAACCCGUCAUAGGAAGCAGGUUAGACAUGGCAACAGCAGGACAUGGGUCUCAUACUGGAGUAGAGCAGAACCGCUAUGAUGGGUCUCCCGCCGAGGUUUUUCAGAUUGCCUGUGACAGCAAAUCAAGCGAUGCUGAACACCAGACGGCAGCACAGAAAGUCAACUUAAAAAACGCCGGUGAGAAACCCUUCAUGUGUGGCGAAUGUGGGUACAGGACAGCUCAUAGGUCUAAUUUAUCCCGACACAUGAGAACCCAUACAGGAGAAAAAUCCUACAAGUGUGACCAGUGCGAGUAUUCCACAAUACGGAAAUCCCAACUUGGCUGCCACAUAGCAACAAAACACGGUGGUGAUAAACCCUACAUGUGUGGGGAGUGUGGGUACCGAACAGUUGAAAAGUCUAAGUUAUCCGUGCAUAUGAGAACCCAUACUGGAGAAAAACCCUACAAGUGUGACCAGUGCAACUAUUCUGCAGCAAAGAAAUACACUUUAGUUGCUCAUCAAGCAACACAUACAGGGGACAAACCCUACAUGUGUGGGGAGUGUGGGUACAGAGCAGCUCAAAGGUCUAGCUUAUCCCAACAUAUGAGAACCCAUACAGGAGAAAAACCCUACAAGUGUGGGGAGUGUGGAUUCAGGGCAGCUCUAAAGUCUGAUUUAGCCCGGCAUAUGAGAACCCAUACAGGAGAAAAACCCUACAAGUGUGACCAGUGCGACUAUUCUGCUACACAGAAAUAUUCUGUGGACAUCCAUAAAGCAGCAAUACACAGUGGCGAGAAACCCUACAUGUGUGGGGAGUGUGGGUACAGGGCAACACAAAGGUCUACUUUAUCCAAACACAUGAGAACGCACACAGGAGAAAAACCCUACAGGUGUGAUCAGUGCGAAUAUUCUACAGCACAGAAAGUCAAUUUGGACAGGCAUAUAGCAGCAAAACACACCCGCGAAAAACCCUUCAUGUGUGGGGAGUGUGGGUUUAGGACAGCUCGGAAGUCAACCUUGUCCAAACACAAGAGAGCCCAUAUGAAUGACCAAACAGUCAGAUUUGACAGUUACUAAAUUGUCUGUUGAUAAGACUUUUACAGUACAAAACACAUGGGAGAAAUCUAGUGUGGUCAGUGUCACUCCUAGACCAAGUGACCGAGUUUUGAUCAGAGACACCCUCAAAAACUGAUGCGAAGAGCCUGGAUACGGGAAAAGUGACCGAUCGACAUUGUGAUACCCUUCCGGAAUUUAAGGGUACUUUUCACCUCACUAUUGUGUUAUUAUGUAAAACUUGAUUACUUAUGAUUUUCAGGUAGAUGAGAUACUGUUUAAGGUAGAAUUUAUAGAAUGACUUUAUAGAUGAUCAUAGGAUAAGUUAAUAGAUGUCAAAUAGGCAAGUGUUUGUCCAAAGUAAGUUAAGGUAUUGAAUUGUUUUUGUUACUUUUCUUAUUUAUAUUUGUAUCGUUAGGAAAUAAUAUUUUGUCUACUUACUUCGAAUAUAUUCUGUUUUAGAAAAUGUCUAACCUGUAGUGAAUACCAGCAAAAGAGAAUAAACGACCACACAAAAGCAGUGGUCUCUGUGACAUGA